AUGCACCAGGUGAUGCACGCGGCGGCCGCCAAGGUCGCCGCUCCUAAGGCAGCCAGUGGCAGCACUCAGGUAUGCAAUGAGGCGAAUAGCAGACACACGCCUUGGCUUGUGUUGUUGUGUCGUGUUGUGUCGUGUCGUGUCGUGUCGUAUGGUGCAGUUGCUCAUCAACAGUGUUCCACCCGGUGCACCUCUACCACAUGCCAACUCACAGAAGCCAUGCCCAUACAUCAACUCUCAAGUACGCAUGACGGCAAUGGCAUCACCCACCAACACACACACGAAGCCAUUUCUGUGUGUGUGUGUGUGUGCUGAUGUGUGUGUCAGGCCGAUAUACGACGUCACGAGCCAACUGCUGCCAACACGUGCCUUCGCAUCACGUCGCUGCUCAGGAUGGCGCCGACGAGAGACCCGCCCAUCGAAGAAGAUAGCCUGCGUGGAUGUUUGGUUGGCCCGUGUACGUGA